AUGCUAGCGUCCACGUUGAAAAAGCUAUGCUCUCGACAACUGUUCGCCUUCUGUGCGUCACUAGGGGCAAUUGGAGUGAAAAUUUUCCAAAAAGUUGAGGCCGCAGUCCUUUCAUACUCAAUCGACUUUCCCACAAGUGAUGAGGCAGCUGCUCAGCUCAGGGACACCACCAAAUAUGUUGGUGGGCGCCGGCAUCGCGCUUCUCACCUCAUGAUGCUUUCCAUCCUAACAGCUGUUUUUGCCGUGGUAUUUGCUAUGAUGCUUUGCUACAAGUCAAUUGAGGCUCAGAACGGCGGGGAUAAUUACAGUUUGCUAGCGCGGCGGCUCGCUAUGGGCAACGGGGGCUCAAACUCUGUGAGUCUGGUAAUCAGCGCAGAAGAGGCAUGCCGGCUAGCAUAUACUGCAUGGUAG